CGCCGCUGGGACGCGUGAGGAAGCGUGGUCCUCGCCGGCCACCGUCCCGGAAGUAGGCGCUAGAGGAAGAAAGUAGUAAGACGUUUGGAGAUAAACAAGUUUGUCGAGAUGCUGGGUGCGGAUUCACAGAAGUUUGGGUCGGAUGUGUUAGUAGGAGAAACUCAAAGGUUUUAGUCACCUCUCGUGAAGGAGCUGCUUCUCUGCUGAGCCCGAUCUGGCUUUGGUAGGGCAGAGGUGGCAGGAUCUGGUUUUGGUAGGAUGGGAUGAGUGAAGCUCGGGGCUUCUGCUAACAGCCCAUUAGAGAAAUCAGGUCUGCGCUCUUCCAUGGUGGGGACCUGGAGAUGAGCUGACGCUUUAGUGGCUAAUCAUGGCCCAGCGGGCGGUGUGGCUCAUAAGCCACGAACCGGGAACUCCACUUUGUGGCACCGUCAGAUUCUCCAGAAGGUACCCAACUGUUGAAAAACGAGCUAAAGUCUUCAAUGGAGCAAGCUAUAUGCCUAUACCUGAUGAUGGUCCCUUUCUUAAAGCACUGCUCUUCGAACUUAGGUUAUCGGAUAAUGCUAAGGACUUUGUGCAGACUCGUGAUAGCUGUUCACACAUCAACAAAACAUCUGUCUAUGGACUCCCAAUUGGAGGUGAAGAACUCUGGCCAGUUGUCGCUUUUCUGAAGAAUGGCAUGAUAUAUGCUUGCGUGCCACUCGUUGAACAAGGGUUAUCCCCUCGUCCAGCAUUAAUCAGUAUCAGUGGAAUUUCACAAGGCUUUGAACUACUUUUUGGGGUGCAGGAUUUUCUUUACUCAGGUCAAAAAAGUGACACUGAGCUGAAUACAAAAUUGAACCAAUUGUCUGAUUUGCUUCUACAGACUUGUCCAUUUGGUACUUUGUUAGAUGCCAACUUACAGAAUUCAUUAGAUAGUAUUAAUUUUGCUUCUGUAAUUCAGUCACAAAAGCAACCAGCCUGGAAAACUGGAACAUAUAAAGGAAAGCCACAAGUUUCUAUUUCUAUCACUGAAAAGGUAAAAUCCAUGCAGUAUGACAAACAGGAUAUAGCAGAUACAUGGCAAGUCGUAGGAGCUGUCACUUGCAAGUGUGAUUUAGAGGGAAUCAUGCCAAAUGUUACCAUCAGCUUGAGUCUCCCCACUAAUGGAUCUCCACUUCAGGAUAUUCUAGUUCAUCCUUGUGUGACUUCUCUUGACUCUGCCAUUCUGACUUCUAGCAGUAUUGAUGCAAUGGAUGAUUCUGCAUUUAGUGGACCUUACAAGUUUCCUUUCACUCCACCUUUGGAGUCAUUCAACUUAUGCUACUAUACUUCCCAGGUCCCUGUCCCACCAAUUUUGGGUUUUUACCAAAUGAAAGAAGAAGACAUACAACUAAAAUUAACAGUUAAUUUAAAACUUCAUGAAAGUGUGAAAAAUAAUUUUGAAUUUUGUGAAGCUCAGAUACCUUUUUACAAUAGAGGUCCAAUCACACAUGUGGAAUGCAAAGUUAGUUUUGGCCAGCUUGAAGUAUUUCGAGAGAAAAGCUUAUUAAUCUGGAUUAUUGGACAGAAAUUCCCCAAAUCAAUGGAAAUUAAUCUUUCUGGAACUGUAACUUUUGGAGCCAAGAGCCAUGAGAAACAGCCAUUUGACCAGAUUUGCAUUGGAGGUACAGCAUAUUUAAAGCUUCACUUUAGGAUCUUAGAUUACACUCUCACUGGGUGUUAUGCAGAUCAGCAUUCGGUUCAAGUUUUUGCAUCAGGAAAACCAAAAAUAAGUACAUACCGGAACCUAAUUUCUUCUGACUAUUACAUCUGGAAUUCUAAAGCCCCUGCUCCAGUAACAUAUGGAUCAUUAUUACUAUAAUUGUCUCAUGUUUAAGUGGGAUUUAUACAAAGUAACAUAGCUUAAAAUAAAUCAGUCUUUUAUUUUUCAUAUAUAUGCAUACAACCUAUCAGUGAAAAAUAUGAUUGAAUGAUUUAAUAAUAAAAGGCUCCAAUUUCAUGUUUUAGUCUGAUACAGUUUGAAAGAACAUUUUAAAGACUAACGGCUCCAAUUUUGUUUUCCUUUUAUUUUACUCAAAUAUAUGAUUCAGAGCGUGAAACAAUGAUUCACUGUAGGUUUAUUUUAGGCUAGCCCUUGGCCACUCUGCCUUACAUGUUCCUUCCCCUGUGGCAGACAUGCCUAAUCAAUCAGAGCCCUCUUUCUCCUCUGAGUCUCCUGGGUAGAGGACUCAGGAUCCUCAGUGCAGGCAACAACUAUUGAUGGAUUAUAGUUGAUAUGCAAGAUUAAAAAAACUGUUUGCUUUCCCAAACCUCAGUACUAAGCCCCUAGUACAGUGUGUUGUUACAGAAUACCAUAGACCACAUUAGAAACAACUGUAAACUCCUGAGAAAAGAGCCAAGGAAAAUAUUUUAAAUAGUAAUCUGUUCUUAAUCAGAACUAUGCUAUUGGCUAAUAAUACUUCUACUUAAGGUGUUUGUUUUUGUUAUAGAAUCACUUUUCAGGUAAGCUUAUUAAUCUGCCACAAUAACAUUUUGCUUAUGAUGUUAGUAAGCACAUUAAGCAGGAUGGGAUAACUUCAGAAGAUGAACAUAGUAUUUUGUAAUCCCUUAAUGUCUGUAGCUAAAUUUUUAAGGAUAAAUUUAGAUAUAUUUCUUUCUUGUUACAUUAAUACUGAUUAAUGAAUAAAUGCAGAUAAAAAUUAAAAGUCAUCCUGUGGAUAGAGUAUCAUUUAAUCAUAUUUCAAUCUCAUGGUAUAUUCUAAAUUUGGCCCCUUUGCUUUCUUAUCUGCAUUCUCUGCUUUUUCAAGAACCAGUCGUAUAUUCUCUACCUGUGUGUUACACUUAAUUAUUUGUCACAUUCUGUUUUCGAAGCAGUUCAUUGUCAAGUUUUAGACUUAAAGUGACCAUUUAAGAAAAGAUGAAACCUCAAGAUCUUCAAAACUUAAUCUGUGUCACAUUUCCUUUUACAGAACAGAAUUAGAAGUGUUAUUUUAAAAAUACAGACUAAUAUUCAAUUAAAUUAUAUCUUGGUUUCUGUUUUUUUAUGAGUCUUAAGGAAAAGAUUAGAAAAAGCAGCUAACUGGGAUAUUGCAUAUAAAUUUAGGAUUUGAAAUACGAUUUUUUCAAAUAGGGUCUAUCUUAUUCGUUAUAAAUACUCAUUUUCUGCAAGGCAUUAUUAUAGCAUAUAUUAUUAUUAUAGCAUAAUGUUCUGUGUUCAAAAUUAUCCCAAAUAGUAAAGAAAGUAGAGUAACUGCCCGACCAGCAUUUUAACUUAUUACUCUAGCUUAACCAUAGAUAAUCAAUAAUAAAAUCUUUCCUCUUAAAAGCAGAAAAGUCAUGCCCAUAACCUAUUUGAUCUAAUUUAUGUUAGUAUUAAUGGAGCCAUUUUGGACAUCUUGAUUAUAGAAAUGUUUAGCAAAGUACACUAAAUAGGUAAGUGGCAUUUAUCUAGUAAGUAGGCAGAGAAUCCAUAUAAUACUCCUCUAGGCAAAACCUUCUUUAUAAGCAGGCAGAAAACCAGUGAAUGAUAUUUCUAGAAACCGAGGAAAAUCUUAGGGAGUAUUGGGAAAGUGUAGGGGCAGUGAGGAGGGAACCUGAUGCCAUCUGUUGCCAUUCCAUCUAACAUAACACUACAACACUAAAACCAACUCAUGUUUUCAUCCUAUUGAGGUCAGCUGGGCACACUGUGAUGCUUUUGAUUUUGUCUAGAAACCUGUCACUUCAGGAUAAUUUCUGAAGACAAAGUCUGUUUCCCGUUUGGUAGGUGACCUGUUUAAUGUUUUCCCUGUGUCUGGGAACUCCUUAGUGUAAUUAGCGACCUUUGAACUCUACAACUAAUCCUGAGCUAUUUUGUAUUCCUUACUCAUCUUUAAGGCUGGACCUUUCUUUU